UCAAUUUGUCAGAGCGAUAGUCAAAAAUAUUAAGUGAAUUAUUGUAUUAUUGUUCGUAUAAAAACCAUUCUAGCUGUUGAGAAUAUCAACAAUGUCGGAAAUAAAAAUAGUAGCGGCGAGUAUAGUUAAUUUUCUGAAGCGACAGCUGGACAGUGAUACCCUCAGUUCCGACUCGCGAGAGAGUGUGGAAGUCGGAGUGCAAUGUAUUGAGACGGCAUUUGAUUUAACUCCUGAAGAACUAACGAAAGGUGUGGAUCUGCUCCAGCUGGUGAGGCAGCAGCGCAGCGGCGGGCCGCGAGACGACCGCGCCGAGGCUGAGAAGCUAAAGAACGAAGGCAACGAGCUUAUGAAGUCCGAACACUUUCGCGAGGCUCUUGAGAAAUAUUCGCGUGCGAUCCAACUGGACCCACAGAACUCCGUCUUCUUCUGUAAUCGAGCUGCUGCACACUUCAAGUUGGGAGAGCACGAGUCCGCUGUCGCAGAUUGCAUGGCGGCCCUCGCUUUGCAACCGACCUACGGAAAAGCUCACGGACGCCUCGGCAUCGCUCUGACCGCUCUUAAUCGCCAUGAAGAAGCUCGCACUGCCUUCGCCCGAGCCGUCCAACUGGAACCUGAUAAUGAAUCAUAUAAACAAAACUUAAGACUUGCAGAGGAACAACUGGCUCAGCGUGGAGAUCGUCGGCAGAUGGACCUCGGUGGGCUCCUACAGAAUACUGCACUGUUAAAUAUGGCAACCGAAAUGCUAGCGGAUCCAAAUAUGCAGAAUCUUAUCUCUGGCUUGAUGAACACUACAACUCCUAAUGCUGCGAACGGUGGAGGUGGUAUGAAUGCCCUGUUAGAAGCCGGCCAAGCACUUGCCCAGCACAUGCAGUCAGCUAACCCUGAUCUAGUGGAGCAGCUCCGACGUCAAAUGCGUCCACCCGGCCCCGGGGACAACCAGCCUCAACCGCCUCAACCUCCUCAACCCCCUCAACCCCCUCAACCCCCACAACCCCCUCAGUGAAAUGUUUAUAACUAACUUCUCAAUCCUGUCUACAUCGUGGUCGCUACCUACAAUUGUAGCUGCUAUUGAAACCUUUUGUUUGAAAGUAAAUUGAAGAUUGAUGUAAAAUUAAACCUUGUGCUGUGACAAACUAUAUUCUUGCUAUCACCUAAUAUUUUUAUAUUGUUUCUUUAUUCUAUAUAUCGGUUUAAUUUAUAAUAAAAUAAAUUUAAAGCCAAGCGAAAUGUAUGUGCUGGUCGAGUCUGUUAUAUUUUGAAUUAGGUUCGUGGGGUAUUUUUCUUUGUUUACAUUGCAUAAUAUGUAUCACUAGUUAGGUAAAAUUGUAAAUUAAUGGAAUAUGCAGGAGAGCACUGAUUCUGCUGCAAUAUAUUUAGCCAAUAAAAUAUCUAUGGAUGUUAAAUUAGAGAGAGACUCAUCUUCAUCUCUGUAUAACUGGUAUUAGCUAUUAUUUUAAGAUUAAAACUAUUGGUUUUAAUAAUAAAUGUUGUCAAAAA